GGCUAGAACCUGUACCUGUGACAAAUGGAGUAGUCCCGGCCACAUAUGAAGAGGCCACAGACAGAGCCUCUCUUCCUUCGAUUUCCCUCUUUCGCUCUUUCAAAUUUGACGACGACGACUAAUGGCAGACACAUUCCAACCAUCCAGCUUGGUCUACACGCCACCCCGCCGCCCCUCUCAAAACCUCCGUACCUUGCUCGCUUACAUAGACUCGCGUAACCACCUAAGCCCAGAUAUCAUGAAAUACUUCCACGCCACUCUCGAGCACCGCUACCUCCCAAAAUCACUCGGGAGACCGGUACUCAACAGACGACAGUACGGGGAAUAUAUGUCGCAGUUACAGCCGAUGUUUAGGUCGUUCAGGAUGACGUUACACCAAGUGAUCGAGACGGGCGACACGAUCGUGUACCAUGCCACAGCCGUAGGAGAAUCGGUCUCUGGCGCACGGUACGACAACGAAUACAUGACAACCAUGCAGUUCGUUAUGGGUGAACACGGCCCGCAGAUUUCCUACGUGAAGGAGUAUGUCGACAGCAGGAAGACGACGGAGUUUUUCCAGGAGCACAGUGCACGAGUGGCGGAGAUCAAUAGACGGAGAUCACAGUCAGUGUCACAGGGUUCGUAGUAGAGAACUCAGUGGAUAUACAUAUGCUUGCCAUUAGAAAUUGUACACCCAGUUUAAUUAUCAAAAGUAGUAUGCAUGCCCCUCACAC